AUGUUCAGGAAUGUGGCGGCCAUCUUUGUGCACCUGGCGGGGCCCCUCCAGGGAAAGAAGGCUGGAGCCUCCUCAUUCACCCGGUGCUUGCACCAGACUGUCAUCAUGGCCAAGCGGCUGCAUGCCCGAAGACUGGACGGGAUUGACAAGAACCCCUGGGUGGAGUUUACCAAACUGGCCAUUGAAAAUGAGACCGUGAACCUGGGCCAGGGUUUCCCUGAUUUCGCACCUCCAGACUUCGCCAUGGAAGCCUUCCGGCAUGCCGUCACUGGAGACUUCAUGCUCAACCAGUACACCAAGGCAUUUGGUUAUCCACCGCUGACGAAAGUCCUGGCAGGUUUCUUCGGGAAGCUGCUAGGGCAGGAAAUAGAUCCGCUCAAGAAUGUGUUGGUAACUGUGGGUGCUUAUGGUGCCCUCUUUUCAGCAUUCCAGGCCCUGGUGGAUGAAGGAGAUGAGGUGAUCAUCAUGGAACCUUUUUUUGACUGUUAUGAGCCCAUGACCUUGAUGGCAGGGGGGCGCCCCGUGUUUGUGCCCCUGAAGCUGAACCCCUCCCAAGAUGGGGAACUAGAUUCUAGCAGCAGCUGGCAACUGGACCCCACAGAGCUGGCCAGCAAGUUCACAUCUCGCACCAAAGCCUUGAUCCUCAACACACCCAACAACCCUCUGGGAAAGGUCUUCUCCAAGGCAGAACUGGAACUGGUGGCCAGCCUGUGCCAGCAGCAUGAUGUGUUGUGCAUCAGUGACGAGGUCUACCAGUGGCUGGUCUUCGAUGGGAAUCAGCAUAUCAGCAUCGCCAGCCUCCCUGGCAUGUGGGACCGAACCUUGACCAUUGGCAGUGCUGGCAAGACCUUUAGUGCCACUGGCUGGAAGGUGGGCUGGGUCCUGGGCCCAGAUCGUCUCUUGAAGCACCUGCAUACUGUACACCAGAAUUCUAUCUAUCACUGCCCGACUCAGGCCCAGGCUGCAGUAGCCAUGAGCUUUGAGCGGGAGCAGCAGCACUUUGGGCAGCCCAGCAGCUACUUUGUGCAGCUUCCACAGGCCACACAGCAUAAACGGGACCACAUGAUACGCAGCUUGCUGUCAGUGGGCCUGAGACCCAUCAUCCCCCAGGGUAGCUACUUCCUCGUCACAGACAUCUCUGAUUUCAAGAACAAGAUGCCCAACUUACCUGGUACCAAGGAUGAGGCCUAUGACAGACGCUUCGUAAGGUGGAUGAGCAAGAACAAGGGUUUGGUGGCCAUCCCAGUCUCAAUCUUCUACAGUCUGCCUCAUCAGAAGCACUUUGAUCACUAUAUCCGCUUCUGCUUUAUAAAGGAUGAAGCCACACUCCAGGCCAUGGAUGAAAAGCUGCAGAAAUGGAAGGCUGAGCUCACACCUUGA